UAAAAUGUCAAGAGUUUAAAAAUGUAAACAAUAAAGGUUAUAUAAAGUGAGUAGAAGGUAUUUAAUUUUUACGGAAGAAUAUCGUUUAUUGUGACGUGCCAUUGUAAUUUACGUGUAUCGUUUGCGAUGUCGAAGAUGGAGAGCGCCGGGGAAUCGAUUCACUGCAAAACUGGCCAAAACAGCAUCGUGCAACCGCUUUUGACCGAUUUGUAUCAGGUAACGAUGGCUUACGCUUAUUGGAAAACUGGAAAAAUCGACGGCCACGCCGUGUUCGACUUGUACUUCAGGAAAAAUCCGUUCAACGGGGAAUUCACGGUAUUCGCGGGCUUGGAGGAGUGCUUGAAAUUCCUCGAGAAAUUCCGCUAUUCAGAGAGCGACAUCGAAUACCUCCAACAAGUGCUGCCUAAAUCAGUCGAGAAAGGCUUCUACGAUUACUUGCGCACCUUAACAGCCGACCAAAUCAACCUGUACUCGAUCAAAGAGGGUACCGUUGUUUUUCCCAGGGUGCCUCUCAUACGAAUAGAGGGACCCUUAGUCAUGGCCCAACUGUUAGAAACCACCUUACUCAAUCUCGUGAAUUACGCUAGCUUGAUGGCGACGAACGCAGCUCGAUACCGACUAGCUGCGGGAAAAUUGAAAUUGUACGAGUUCGGACUGAGGAGAGCCCAAGGCCCCGACGGGGGCCUCUCGGCGUCCAAAUACUCCUACAUAGGCGGAUUCGACGGUACCAGCAACGUUCUAGCCGGGAAACUAUUCAACAUACCAGUAAAGGGCACCCACGCUCACGCUUACAUCACCUCUUUCAACAGCAUAGACGAAUUAAAAGCCACGUUACUUGCUCCCAAAGACGGCGGCGCCCCGUGUGAUUUUCUGCAAAGCUCGAUAAGCUGGCGGGAAAAAAUAGCCUCUAUCUUCAACAUUUUGUUAUCGGAAGUGAGCGACGGGGAAUUCGCUGCUUUCGUAUCCUUCGCGAUGGCCUUUCCCAACGGUUUCAUGGCGCUCGUGGAUACUUACGAUGUGAAGCGAAGCGGCUUGCUGAACUUCUGCGCCGUGGCCCUCGCCUUACACGACUUCGGCUACCAGGCCUUGGGCAUACGAUUGGACAGCGGCGACCUGGCCUACUUAUCCAGAGUAGCCAGGAGUUACUUUGAGAAAAUCAGCUCGAGAUACAGCAUCCCGUACUUCAGCGACUUGAAUAUCAUGGCAUCGAACGACAUCAACGAAGAGACUAUUAUCAGUUUAAACGAGCAAGGGCAUUGCAUCGAUUCGUUCGGAAUCGGUACCCAUUUAGUCACUUGCCAGAAACAACCGGCUUUGGGUUGCGUGUACAAGCUAGUAGAGCUCGACGGGGAGCCGAGGAUCAAAUUGAGCCACGACAUGGCCAAAGUGACCAUACCGGGCAAGAAGAACGUGUUCAGAUUGUACGGCAACGCCUUCAGCCUCAUCGAUUUGCUGCAGAGAUCCGACGAAGCCCCGCCGGUCGAAAACGAGAAGGUGUUGUGUCGGCACCCUUUCGAGGAAUCCAAACGAGCCUACGUAAUCCCGUCGAAAGUGGAAGAUUUGCUGUUGCUGCAGUGGAACAAAGGCAGGAUCGUCCGACCGAUGCCCAAUCUGCAGGAUAUCAAGGAAAACGUGAACAAUUCGCUGAAGAUCCUGCGGCCGGACAUCAAGAGGAGCUUGAAUCCCACACCGUACAAGGUUUCAGUGAGUGACAGCCUUUACCAAUUCCUGCACAAAUUGUGGCUGGAGAACGCACCGAUCGGGGAGCUUUCUUGAUACGUAUGAUUUGCUGUUGAUCUAACGGUUUUUCGAGUCGUUUUAAAAGUACAAAUGUAACAUGUGGCUGGAUAGCCUCUAAGUCACGGGAACUAUAUACUAUUUAAGUAGCUGAUUGGGUUUUUUUUGGGAUCGAAAGCUACUAGAUUUUUAAAUGGGAAAUAUUGUAUACGUACAGUUGAAUUGUUGAAAUAUUCUAUCGAGACUUUGCUAUAUUUGUUUUUAUAAAAGGGUCGUAGAAUUAGAUAUAUUAUUUUAGAUGGUGCUUAAACUCGAUUUGAUAACAUCUGGGCUUUGCAUUUUUGUUGAAAAACUGAUGAUGUUGUUAAAAAUUAAAUAUUUUUAUUAAAUCGACGAAUUACUUAACAUUGCAUUGAGCCUUACUUGCAAGUGGGAAGAAAUUAAUGCAAAGAAAACUCGAAAUGAUGAGCCAGAAAUUAUCUGUAAUUAUAUUUACGUAAUCAAUUUUUAAGGCUUAUCAAUGUUUGUUUAAAGAAAAAAAUUAUAAUCAGUUGACAUCCACAUAAUAUCAAGAAUUGGAUUUAUUGACCUUUGGAGUUAUCGCAAAAAAGUAACUUUUUUAACCAAAUUUACCUAAGAAAUAAAGCAAUCGUUUAGUUAUCUUACAAAAAAUCAUUCCAUUCAAAAGUAAUUUAUACAAAUGUUUGUAAAGGUAUAAAAAUAUUAAGAUAUCUUUUAAUCUAAGUAAGCGUUUCCUUGUCUCUGACACUGAAACCUAAAUAAAUUCAUCAUUCGACACCAAGUGUAAUUGAACUUCGAAAAAUUCCAAUACUUAAUAAAAACCAUGCCACUUUAAUAAGUACGUUAGAAAAUAUAUUUUCUACAACACAACACUUUAGAAAUCAUUCCUGGUGCAUAUCUAGUAAACACAGCUACAAUUAUUGGCUUUAAAACACCGCAAGGAGUUAGAUUUUAUCAUGGAAUAUCGAAUAUUUCUGUGGAUUUUAGGCGCUGCUGCGUAAAGAACUCAAGUCUUAUGUCUUAAGCACAGAGUGUCUUAAGUUAGGCUUUUGAAAGAGAAUAGGUACAUUGUUUUAGCAAAUAUUGAGGGGACUGUCCAUUCAAAAUUUGUAAGCUGUAAAAACAAACUUGUUCAUUCUAUAGAUUAUGCUGUGAUAUUUUUAAUUGUUAUUUUUAUGGUAAAAAUAUGUCAUUAUAUGGUUUAGUUUUCAAGUAAGUUUAGAUAUUUUGUAAAAUAUUGUUGAUAAAUCUUGUUACUUUAAAUUCAAGGUUGCAUCUAUUAAGUUUGUUUUUGUUUAAUAUUCAUGAAUUUUCAUUUUUCUAUUCUAAUUGAUAUAAAUAUUCUUUUAUGCAGAAUGUUUCGAGAUAAAAUUAUUUUUAUUCGACAUUGAUACUAAAUAAAAUUGAAUCAAGCAUUAACAUGUAAUAUGUGCCCGAAAUAUCGAGACAUUCUGUAAAUCUAUUUGAUUGGGUUUUAAUUGUUUUUAUUAGUUUGUUCUUAGCUCUAUUUCGUACUAUGUUUAUUGUACCUUUUUACCGUUUUAUUAAUUAAUAAAAAUGUAUAUUUUAUUGUUAUGGUAACUGAGUAGUUUGUUUAAAGUUAAUUGUAUUGUUGGAAACAAAGCUCACAAAAAUGUCAC